GAGACGGUGGGGCGUACUUCGAGCAGCUAAUCUGGACGAAAGACAAGAAAGGAGCACGGCUUGUUCACAACCGUGACCAACAUGGCAAGCCCAUGUACAGUGCACUAUCUUAUGUUUGGGGGGAUCCCACAGCGACGGAAAUUGUAUUCGUGAAUUGCUGUCCUUUCCCGGUCACGCGUAAUCUCUACGAGGCGCUGAAAGCUAUUCGAGGUGAAACCAACACUUACACCUUCUGGACUGACGCAAUAUGCAUCAACCAAAAGGAUGAUGACGAAAAGAGCCAUCAGAUUUCUCUUAUGAAGAAGAUUUACGAGUCCGCAACGCUCAUCAUCGCGUUCUUGGGUGAAUCCACGAAGCAUACGGAUGACGCUCUUGAGGCAAUCAAGAGAGUUCAUGAUUUCAACCCAAGGAGCGAAUUUGGAGAUUCUGCACUUCUUGGUCUUAAAGACAUCUGUAACCGGCCAUAUUGGACCCGCGUAUGGAUUCAGCAAGAA